AGCUUGAGUCAAGCGUAGAAUAGGAAAGAGUUGAGUCCUUAAAAGCUGAAUUGAACAAGAGAGUGGCAGCAUAGCACUAUUGCAGCAGCACACACAGAGAAGUGUUGAAUUGAACAAGAGAGGUAGAACAAGAAGAAGAAGAAGCUGCAAUGGGUUGGAUCGGCGAGACUGUGGAUUCUGUCAAAUCUCUUCAGAUCCGCCAGGCAUGAUUGUCACAUCUGCACUAAUAAUUUGGAAGGCGUUGAUGUGUGUCACUGGCAGUGAAUCACCUGUUGUCGUUGUUCUUUCUGGAAGUAUGGAACCGGGAUUCAAGCGGGGGGACAUCUUGUUCUUGCGCAUGAGUAAAGAACCAAUUCGUGCAGGGGAGAUUGUGGUGUUUAAUGUGGAUGGACGUGAGAUUCCAAUUGUUCAUCGUGUAAUCAAGGUACAUGAAAGGGAAGAUAAUGGAGAGGUUGAUGUUCUCACGAAAGGAGAUAACAACUAUGGAGAUGACAGGCUUCUGUAUGCUCAUGGUCAGCUUUGGCUGCAAAGGCACCACAUUAUGGGUAGAGCUGUCGGGUAUGCAUAUGGCCUAGCCAAGUUGUACAUAGGAACACCAGAGGAAACAUUUUCCUACCUAGAGAGUCAACCGAGCUGAACGGUUCUGAUUCCCCAGAGCAUGUUCUUCAAGCUUGCAUGUACAAAUCCAAAAUCUUCCUCUCUUAGAAGUGUAUAUAGCAGUGCAUAUCUCAUACAGAUACAGAUGAAGCUCCACUUCAAUUUGAUCAAGCCAUGUAUGUGCAUUACCUCUGAAAUUUCUGGUUUGAAACUGAUCUUUCCAGGUACAUGAUUAUUCGGUCGCUAUCCAAAAAAAAGAAAACAGAACCAAAUGUCAGAACUAUGAGAUGAUAUGACACAGUUUAAAUGUAUUUAUUAUA